UUGCAGCGCGUUGAGCUCUCUCGGCCACCGUAGCUCCAUGCCUGACAGGCCACAUUUCGGGCAAAGCAAACACCGGGCUCUUAUAAAUAGGCGUUACCACGGCCUCGUGAUGCAGCGAAAUAAAGACGGGAGCACUUCCUGUGUGGACGGUGACUGAAGCUCCCUGAAGGUUCACUCAAACACAGAAGAGACUCGAACAUGGACUUCCGGGCUGAGCUCGUGGUGGUCCUCUGCCUGAUGGGACUCACCUGUGCGGUGCCGGUCAAGUUCUUAAACUGCGGUUCCCCCUCUGGCAAAGUGUCUAUGGUGGACAUUAGCCCUUGUCCCAGUCAGCCAUGCCAGCUCCACAAAGGAGAGGCCUACAGUGUCAAUGUGACAUUCAGCAGCGUUGUGGAGAGCAAAACGAGCAAAGCAGUGGUUCAUGGUAUUAUUGCUGGAGUUCCCAUCCCUUUCUCCAUCCCCUUGGACGAUGGCUGCAAGUCUGGAAUCCAGUGUCCCAUCCAGAAGCAGCAGAACUAUAACUAUCUCAACUCUCUACCUGUGAAGGCAGUGUAUCCUGCUAUAAAGCUCGUGGUGGAGUGGGAACUGAGAGAUGACAACAAUGAAGACUUGUUCUGCAUCAGGUUCCCAGUUCAGAUUGUGAGCUAAACCUCAGACUGAUGUAUGUUUUGUUUUUUUAAAAAGGGAUUCAGUGUUGAGUAAAAACCUAAAGAACUUAAAUGAUUCUAGAUGAGGUCACAUUUUAUUCAAUCAUCAAAUUGAUUUUAAGAUGCAUUUCUCCCUCUGGUUUGCAAGAGUUUGCCGCGCACGCAUCUUAAAAUCCCGCUGAAAGAAAAAAACGGUCGAUAAUUGCUCUGAUGGGCCGAACAGUUGAUUUUAAGAGGCGUGAAUGUAAAGGAAGAAUACGACUGAUAUUUGUGUCAAUGACCCGGCUUAUCUACAUUCCACUACAACGCAUGUCCUGUCUGCCUGGCUGCUGUGUAGUCGGACAAGAUGAACACUGUAGUUUUUCUUUACUAAAACGUUUGUAAAAUUUCUUACUGACCUUGUGCUAAUGUUUGAAAAGUAAAUUCUAAUAAAGAAAUCUAAUGUGUACCUA